AGUUCGGGGGCGAGCGUGUUGCACACGCACCCGCAGCCCAACAGCAGCCUCCGCUCGCGCAUCAGCCUCGGCGGGGAGCAAAGCGCUCGGCAUGUAGGAGAGAGGAAAAGGAAAAAAAAAAAAAAAAAGGAAAGAAAAAAAAAAAGGUGCGGGGAGGAGGAUAAAAAGGAGGGGGGAGGGGAGAGGGAAAUUAAAAAAAAAAAAAAAAAAAGAGCUGCCUCUUUAAAUGCUGGGGGCUGAGUCCGCAGCCGGAGCCAGCCUCCCUGCCUUUAGCCGUGCCUCUCCGGCGCUUGUUGCACAGCCCCGGGUGCCGGCAGCGCGGCGCUGGGGCGCUGCUGCUGCUGCUGCUGCUAGGGGGGGGGAGGUCCGGGAGGGGUUCUGGUGGGGGGGCCAUGAUCCUGCCGAGCUCCGCGCCCACCCCCAGCUCGCCCUAGAGCCGCUGCCGGCGCCACGCAGCCUUCCCCGGAGGUGGGCAUGGGGAACCAGGUGGAGAAGCUGACCCACCUGAACUACAAGGAAGUUCCCACGGCUGACCCAGCGGGUGUGGACAGGGAUGAAGGGCCCAGGAUCGGGGUCUCGUACAUCUUUUCGAAUGAUGAUGAUGAGCUGGAGCAGCAGCAGGAGUCAGGACACGACCUGGGGGGGGAGCACCCAGCCCUGCAGCCUUACGAUCCCCAGCUGCACGAGGUGGAGUGCUCGGUCUAUUAUCGGGAUGAGUGUAUCUACCAGAAGAGCUUUUCUGAGGAGGACAUCUCACCAGAGGAGGGUGAUGAAGGAGGCCGGGGACACCUGAGCACCUACACACCGGAGAACCUGCUGAACAGGUGCAAGCCGGGCGACCUGGUGGAGUUUGUGUGCCAGGCCCAGUACCCGCACUGGGUGGUCUACGUUGGGGAUUUCCAAGUCGUGCACCUGCACAGGCUGGAGGUGGUGAACAGCUUCCUCACCGAUGCCAGCCAGGGCAGACGGGGCCGCAUCGCCAACCAGCUGUACCGCUACAAGCCCCUCAGCCCGGCCGCGGUGGUGCGCAACGCCCUGGAGCAGGUGGGCUGCAAGGACCGGGACCUGAGCUGGAGAAACUCUGAGUGUUUCGCUGCCUGGUGCCGCUACGGCAAGAGGGAGUUUAAAAUCGGUGGGGAGCUGCGCAUAGGCAAGCAGCCCUACCGCUUGCAGAUCCGCCUGGGCGACAAGCGCAGCCACACACUGGAGUUUCAGAGCCUGGAGGAUCUGAUUAUGGAGAAGAGGAGAAAUGACCAGAUUGGCAGGGCUGCUGUGAUCCAGGAGCUCUCCAGCCACCUGCAGGCCGCAGAGGAGGAAGAUGAAGAGGAGGAUGAAGACCAUCACCACCAUCCAGGUGCUCGGACUGCUGUGGAGUAGCAGCCUCAGCACCACCAUGCUGCUUUAGGCUGGGUGAUGGGGAUUAAAACUGAAGGCUGCGAAAUUGAGCUGUUAUAAGCCCUUUGGGCCGCUUCAGUGCAGCUUCGUUCCAAUCACAUGUGAAAGGAAGGGGGAAAGCUGAUUAAGUGUCUGUGCUUUAGUGCUUAACUCCUUCAGUGCUCGAUGGUAAAACCACUGACUUACUUGUAGAGGAUAAAACUCAGGGCAAUUCUACCCUUCUGUACUCCCACCUCUUUCCCUUCCUCUGUGUUAGCCUUUUCCUCACCCAUCUGCCAGAAGGCGUAACCCUGCAGGAUGCUAAAUGCCUUUGACAUCUACUUAUCAGCAGAAGUUGCAAGUAUUUCUUACUAUUAAGGAGCCAGCAACUUCCAGGACAUGGCCAUGUAGCUGAGUGCAUGUUUAGUUGGCAGCUGAGAAGUGUGAGGAUGUUGUUUUCCCUUCUCUGCCCCUGUUUCUCGUCAGUUGUGGCUGCUGUUGGUCUUGCAACAAGUUAUUUGCUUGCUUGGUGCAAGGCUUCAUGGAUUGCUAGCCAGUCCCCCAGAAGGUGUAAGGGAGAAAUCACUAACUAAUGAAAUGGCUUUGAUGUUCCUGGUGCCUUCUUAAUUAAUAGGAACUUGCAGGUGGUCCGAGGGAAGCUCCUUACUAGCUAUCAGCAUGUAAUUUCUGUCGAGGAUGGAGGAGGUUUGUUUAUUGCUGGCUGGUCCUGGAAAGGAGGAAGUUUGCAGCCCUUAUUAUGGAGGCUGUGCAUUGGUGUGUGCUGGGACUCCUGGAGGCAGGUACUGAGCUACGCCAGAGCUUGUUACUGGCUGCCUGGCUUCCCCGAAAGCAAAUGGCAGAGCUCCCGAUGACAUCUGUGGUACACCCGAGGCAGUAGAAGCAGGUUGUUUGCAUGCACUAGCAUGUCCCAAGAGAGGGGCCUCUUGACCAGGUGCCCCUGGCUGUGAGGAUGUCACAGGUUCUGCACCAAACCCAGCUGUGAUGGGAGGGAGCACAAGAUGGAAGUCACUGCAGGCAGGGGGGUUAGGGUAUUCCUUUCCCUUUCUUACCACAAAGCAAUUUUCCCUUCAUUAGGGACUUUUUCCCUUUUUUUGCUAACUUUUAUGUUAUGCAGCUGAGCUAUAGCAUUAGAAGAGAGGAUGUGCCUCCAGAGUCAUUGUGCAGGUCCCUCGUUAAGAGGAGGGGACGGGGGAGUGUGAUGCUGCCUGCCCUGAAUGUUUCCUGAACUUUGUUUUCAACUGUUGAACUGGCCUCCUGCAUGGGCAGCACUGUCAGGUCUUUGUCCUGGGAUCUGAAGUGUGUGAGCAAACACUGAUUUGGAGGCAGCUUAUAACACAAAAUUCCUUCCCCUUAAAAACACAAUAGCAAAGAGGUGAACUUGAAGAUAAGCUUGAGUUCAUUUAAAUAACAGCAAUUAAGUGUGGUGUAAACUUGAAGUGUAGUUACUACCGUCUUCCCUGUGGUUGUUUAUAGUUAUACCACAAAUAGCAAAGUACUCAAUGUCCUUUCCACCCUCCUGGGAGCAAAGUUUGUUGACUUAAAAAUAAGUAGAUACUGGCUUUUGAUUAGUUGGGACUCUGUGAAGCCACUUUGACAAUGUAGCCCAAACAGAUCUGUGCUGUGCUUCCUACCUAAGACACACAAGCUAGGA